AUGGCCAAGUUCUCAUGCUAUUCCAACGAAGAUUGGGGCUCGUGUGAUAAGCAUCAAAAUGGAAACUUCUUCCACUUGCCCCAACCAGAGGCCCAGAUUCUUCAAUUGGCAGUCGCCGCAGCUGCCGCUGCUGUUCCUUUGGGCCAGCUUCUCUCUACAUUCUUUCAGUCCGUCAAGAUUCUCCCCUUUUCCACAUUUUGCGCUCGAUCAGGGAAUAUGACAAAGAAAAAUAAAUCUUCGAAAAGGAAAGCUAGAGAAAGCAAUGUAGCCACAGCUGAUGGGAUUACUUCUGAGAUUAUAUCUACUAAGAGUCUUGGAGAUCAUAUAGAUGGAGUUCCUGUCCACAAUGAUUUGAAUGAGCCGACCAUGGGAGAGAAGCUUGCAAGCCUUAACUUGACAGAAAACAGUGAAGCCAAAAGCCAUGAUGUAGAGUUCUCUUCUCAAACAAAACCACCUAGUGCGGACUCAGUUCAUAUUUUGCUUAGGCAAGCUUUACGCGCUGAUGAUCGAGCACUUCUAGUAGAUUGCUUGUUCAGACAAGAUGAUAAGGUAAUAUCGAAUUCAGUGUCAUUGUUGAAUCCAUCUGAUGUUCUCAAGUUCCUACAGUCUCUCAUACCAAUAAUCCAAUUGAGGGGUGCUGUACUGGCUUGUACUCUUCCAUGGCUUGGAAGUUUACUACUUCAACAUGCUGGUGGAAUAAUGUCUCAAGAGUCUUCUUUGGUUGCUCUUGACUCUUUAUAUCAGCUUAUAGAAUCUAGAGUCUCAACUUUCGACCAUGCUCUUCAGUUAUCAAGUUGCUUGGACUUGCUUUAUGCAGAGACUGUUGAUGAUGUAGAGGAAGAUACUAGUAAGGUAGCACCAAUCAUAUAUGAAGACAAAGAUGAGAGUGACGAGGAGGGAUCCAUAGAUUCCAUGGAAACUGAAAGCAAUCACGAUGGUGAACGGUCUCACGUUUUUAGUGAUUUUAGUGAUGAUGAAAUAAGUGACUAG